CGUGUUUCGUACGGCCGCGCCUCGACCGCCUCAGUUGCAGCGCGCGCUCCGACCCGACCACUUCGUCGAGUGUGUGUUUGUGUUCUCCGCUACCUCCUCCUCCACCACCACCACCUACAACAUGUCCCCCUUCAGCGUCAUGGCCCUGUGCCUGGUCGCGCUCGCCGCCCUGCAUUCCGCCGCGGCACUGCGCUGCUGGUCGUGCGACUCCCAGAACGACUACGCCUGCGACGAUCCCUUCAGGACGGCCAACCGCUUCGCCUUGAUCGAGUGCGACAACCGGGCGGCCCAGGGUCCCGCCUACUACCACGGCUACCCCGUGUGCAGGAAGGUCAAGCAGCGCACAGUUGACGGACGCCCCCUGGUCAUCCGCUCCUGCGGCUGGGUGGACCCCAACGACGGCGGCCGCUCCGCCUGCAACCAGCUGUCCACCCCCGGCUACAUCCACCAGGAGUACUGCUCCAUCUGCAACUCGGACGCGUGCAACUCGGCGCCGCGCCCCAACGUGCCGGCCGCCAUCUUCGCCGCUCCCCUGGCCGCGCUCGCCGCCUGGAUGCGGCGCUAGGCGCUGCGCUGAGGGCCGCCGGGCCCGAGGGGCAGAGCCAGGCCGGGCAGAGCUUCGCCCGACUCGACUGUCCGCCGCGCUGAGCGUCUCGAGAUGACUUCACCGCUUGAGUGAGGCUGUGGUGGACUAAUGAAUGAAUGGACCACGUCGUGGUGGGGCGCAGGGGGCCGGGGCCGGGGCGGUCUUGACGACGCAGAGGUGCGCGUCGUCGACGGGAAGGGCGUGGCGCCGCGUCCCAUCAGCGGCGGGGCCGGCGGCGCGGGGGCCCGGCGUGCAGCGGUGCGGUGGCCUUGUCCGGGGCACUGGAGCGUGUCGCGGGGCCCGCGCGAGCUGCACUGGGCCGACCGCGCCCGCCGCCCGCCCACGCACGCCUGUCCCAGACUAUUCGGCCGAGAGGGGAAAAGACGACAACCUUCCUGCCCUGCCAGGACACGCCCCGAGUCCCCGAUGGGACAAGAGCUCAACAUGAUGGACCCACCUCCUCACUGCCGGCAGCGGCCACCACAUCCCCACUGCAAGCAGCUGCAGGCAGCAACCGGAAGAACGCGCGCCCAGUUCCAAAAUUUACGUGUUCUUACUUCCUUAGCUCUAUAAUUUAAUUAUUGGUAAAUAUUAUUAUGAUAGUUUCUCUCUCGAUUUUAGAACGUUUACGAGGCCAAUUCUCUUCCAAAAUGCGCGUUCUCGAUCACUGGCCAGUUAUAGUUGCCACAUCAAGGGGCCGCUUAGACCAUUAACGGGUCAAUAAGGCAAUUUUCCCCCUGACGUUUUGUGCUCUUGAUGUUGCAAUGAAGCUCCUUUGUUUUCUCGUUCUAUGACUGUAAUGUUAAUUGUUUUGUAUUUUUUGUAUAUUAUAUCCACUGACUGUCAGCCAUCAGUGUGCGAUUGUUAGCGAUAUGAAUAAUAAUGUAAAUUGGUGAUACUCAAAUAUAGUAUUGACUUUUAUUUCCUGUACCUCGUAAAUACUUCCAUACACGACUCCUAAAAUAUAUUCCUGAAAAUUGUGCUUUUUUCGCUGGAUACUUAACUCUUUAGCAAGUGUAGUCUUUAAAUAGAUGUAUGUACCAAAAAUGUCGAGAGUUAUUGAGUAGAAUGUAUAACCGAUCACAGAAUACAUGGAAUGACAAAUCCCUUA